AUGCACGACAACCUGCUGCCGUAUCAGAUUCAAGUGAUAUGUGCCAGAAUGCUGAGCAGUGUUUUGGAAGGAUUGACAAAACAUGCUAAGGAAGGAGAAGCGAAUCGCGAUCUCAUUUUGAUGAUACUGGAAAGCUUGGUGGUGAAAAUGAAGGUCAUUGCUGUCUACCACAUGCCUUUGCUGUUCAAGCAACAUGGUGCUGAAAUCAACUACGAUUAUAAAUCGUGCGAUCGAGACGGGUUAGCCAUUCGAUAG